AUGUCCAAGUGGGAGCGAAAUUUUAGAGAUGCAAUCCGGAACUGGUCGCCCAUGACGGCCUCCGGCGCAACGGCCGGCCCAGCCGCCACGGCACUCGCUCCCAAAAGGGCGCGGCGGCCGAAGGCCAAAAAGGGCGGCCAGGUACCCGCGCCCCCGAAGCCGGCAUCCGCGCCCUUUGUGCGUGGGGUGCAAGUGCUGCGGCAGGGCGCAGGACCGAGGGUCUUCUUGGUGGAAGCGCAUCCGCCGGAAGCAGAGGAGCUGGUUGGUCCCCAGGAGGUGGCCAGAGGCCGUCAGGAUCUCGCAGCGGCUCUGGCUCCCUGCAGCGUUUGCGCGCUGCUCUUCGACGAGGAGGCCUACAAGUGCAAGACAUCUUCCGAGCUGGUGAACUUGUACACACGCCGGGUCAACGCGCAUCGGCAAAUCUUCAGAGACCAGCUGGAGGGCGAGCCGUUGGCUGUCGUCGGUUGGUCGUUUACUUGUCCCCUGGCUACCGCUCUUGCAGCCUCACUGGAGAAAGCUGGUGUCGAGGAUGUACGUCUGAUCCUCCUUGGUGACAACUCGUUGCUCCUGCCGGCGGUCUCGCGGCACCCGGAGGAGGACGCCAGCCCAGACCGAGAUGCGUGGUUGGGCGGUCGCAUCGAGGCUGUCCUCCUUUGCGCCCGGGCCGUUGGGGCCGGAACCUGGGCAGCAGAGGAGGCACGAGCACUUCGAGGUAGAGGCUUCAAGAAGCCUGAAGAGUUCGAGGACGUCGUGGAAGAUUUGCAGAUGCGGCUGUUCUGGGAAGAGGGAGCCAAACCGGGCCAUCUCCAACGCUUGGGUCCCCUCCGCUUCGCGGAGUUGAGCAACACCACAGGGACGAAGGCCGAGGCCUUCCGGACGCUGUCCAUGAAAGCAAGAGGUCCUCCUGGCUACGAGGACUUGGCAUGGGAUGCCGGUUUUUGUUGGGAGGCAGGACACGGCGCCAAGUGGAGCAUGUCGCAACAAGCGACUGCUCAGAACUUUCCAGAUGUCCUAGGUCGGCCCUGCGAGGGGGACUUCUAUGCUGACCAGUUGGGCCACCUGAAGCACUUGAGGUUUUCGGGUGUUAUAGGCCUACAGAGUGUCGAGAGCUUGGGUUACAAGAUGAAGCCAGAUGAAUCCGAUGAAGGAUUCCGCGCGUUGGCCGUGGAGAAAAAACAGCUUGGAAGAUCUUUAGACCUGGACAUUCUGUCCCGUAGCCAGUCAGUUGGUCCCUGUGUCAGACCUGAUCCUCUGAAGGAUUGGGCCCCGGCUGAGUCUGCAGCAGAUCAGCUGGGUCAGAACUCCGAGCCUCGAGUUUCAACAAAGGCUUCUUCUCUCCUUUCUCCUCCAGCUGUCCCGAUCCCGCUUGCAUUGGCCAGCAGAUGCCAGUACCACCACAACGAUGGGACUGCACAUUUUCAGGAGACUCAGGGGAGUCCGUAUGGCCGGAACUGGUCAGAACAAACGGAUCAGGUGCGGACACAAUGCAUGCGUUGCCGACGACUGUUCGCCAGCUGCACAACUGGCGAUACAGAUCGGAUCAAUGCAAUACCAUUGCCUUUCAUUCUUGACUCUUGUCCACAGCACCGCUGA